AUGGGUUGCGUCGCCUCUCGCGAGGAAGAACUGAACAAUAACGGUUCGAACACGCUUUGGAAAGCGUCUGGAGAAGAAGAAGAAUCACCAACAACAUCGAAUUCCAAUCUGUCCAAUUCUCAAAAGAAGGCGAAAAGUUUCCACGAAACCGUCCACUCGAAACUGGCGAAGAACACGUACUUCUCGGAAAACGACGUGGUCGUUUUGAAAACCUUAUUCGAUUCUGUCGCGAAAGAAGACGACGUGAUCGACGAGAGCGAGUUUAUCGAAGCGUUGUUCGGGAAGAAGAAACGGGAGGAGUGUUUAAUGAAUCAGAAGAAAGGACAACAGGGGAAGUUUAUGUUCGAGAGACGGCUGUUCGAGAAGUUUGACUCGAACCAGGAAGGGUACAUAUUCUUCGACGAGUUCGUGAGAACGUUGAACGUGUUUCAUCCUAGAAUGAAUACGAACGAGAAGGCGAAAUUUGCGUUCCAUUUAUACGACGUGAACGGGAACGGCGUGAUUACGAGAGAGGAGUUGAAAGAGUUAGUCUCGGCGGUGAUGAAACGGUCGAUAUUUUUAAAUCUCGACGAAGAGGCCAUCGAGAGAGUGUUGGAUAGCACGUUCGAACAGGUGGACAUCGAGAAAGAUGGGAGCAUAUCGUACGAGGAGUUUUAUAGGAUGGUGAAGGAGAAUAGGAAGUGCAUCGCGAAUAUGACCAUUCCGACGUUGACGACUUUAAGCACGGAGUAUCCGGAGUUUAUUUUCCUCCAGAGCGGAGGGUGA